AUGUUUUAUUCAUUUGUUUUAGAAUUACCCAGACCAAAGAAACGCAUCACGGAACUCAUGCUGAAAACUUCCAAGAGCUCCCCCUCCAGUCAAGAAAAAGCAAGGCAGGAUGCAGCCUCUGGGGAAUGGCACCUGGAUUUCUUCCGCAGUCCCUCCGAAGUCCUGUCUUCAUCCCCCUCGGGAGAAAAUGGAAGAGUCGCUGGUGUUAAGUUUAACAUUUGCAAAUUUGAGAAUGUGAAUGGUGAGGAGAGAUUGGUCCAGACCGGAGAGACAGAAACCAUUCCUUGUGGGCUAGUACUCAGGAGUAUAGGAUACAAGAGUGUCCAGGUGGAUGACUUUAUUCCGUUUGAUCACCAGAAAGGGGUCAUCAAGAAUGAUCUUGGCAGGGUAGACGGAAUACAAGGUCUUUACUGCAGCGGAUGGGUGAAGCGAGGCCCUAAAGGUGUGAUCCUAUCAUCAUUGAAUGAUAGUAUAGAGACAGCUAAGUGCAUGCUGGAUGAUAUCAACUCAAGGAUUAUAGACACCACUAAACCUGAUGGACAGGAUAGGAUACUAGCAUUACUUGCAGAGAGAGGUAAGAUUGAAUAGAAUUGGUGGCAUUUAAUCCAUUAAAAGGAUAUAAUUGAUAAAACAAUAUACAGCACUGAAAUACAGAAUACAUUAUGAUAAUAAUAGGUGGAUUUACAUGUAUAUUAGCACCUUUUGCCUGAGGAUACAAAGUGCUGCUAUUAUUACCCUGGCUUAAGCUCGAGCUACCAUCACCGGUGCUCAGUGUAUGCAAGGAACUAAUCCUGCCGGGUGAGGUAAAUGGGUACCGGUAGGAAGUAAUUCCUUAAAAAGCUGUGUGCGCUAUGAACGCCUAGCUUAGCCGGGUAAUAUAGGAGCGCCUUGAGCACCUAACAAGGUGGAUAUGUGCGCAAUAUAAAUACCCUAUAUUAUUAUUAUUAUUAUAAGACUUCAAAUUUGCGAAUUAUCUAAAUGGAUGUUUCUAUGAUAAUUAUUUUGUUUUGCAAUUUCUUGUUUUUACUUGAACCUGGUUUAACUUUAUAAGAAAUGAAGACAUGGGCAUUUGUCACAGAAUCAUUGAAUUCCUUGCCAACCUCACAUUUACUAACGGUUCAGUUCAAGUCAGUUUCAGUACAAAUCCUCUGUUGACUAAGAUCUUCAACAAAGUCAAGCUCAACUUCUGACCUUUCUUGCUAUCGAUUCAAUAAAAAAAGAAGUCACCAUAUUAAAUAGACUAUUUUUGUUCACAUUCUUUUAGUUUCUCACCGAUUCGUCUUUGCAAGCAUCUAUGAAAUUUAUGUUUUAUCCCACUUCACUUUCUAACUCUAAUGGGAGGCGAUGCUGUCAAAGGCUCGGCAUUAAUCAAUACAUAAGUCAUAGUUUGGCAUACAUUCUAUCAACAAGUUCAUAGUGAUAAAGAGAAGUCUGCAGCAUCAGUUGUUUGCCACAAUUUUUAAAAAUCUUUUAAAGAAAGUCCUUCAUAUUCUGAAGUAAGAAAUUUCAAAGAUUUCUUGAAAAACGGGAAAUAAUGUAAAAUAUAUAAUUUACUGGCGCAUUCUCUCUAUACAAUCCUUGUCACUGGACUAUCAUGCCAAACACAUUAUACUUUAGGAUAUUACACAACGUUGUAGGGCUGAUUUGUUAUGCAUUAGUUUGAAAUACCACCAUAAUGAGUAACAAAUAACUGGAAUAAAACACAUUUUGUAGUCUGUAUUAUCUUAAUCUGAAGAUCAAAGACAAAAAUCCACUCCAAUCCUCCUGUAGUUCAAGUGCAUUGUUUUAUUGCCCACUGGUUUUAUUUUUCAUGAAUAUUUAGAGAAUUUCUUUUCUUGUCUACUGCGGAUAAUAACAUGGAAUGAAAGAAGACAAUCAGAAUUCAUGAUUGACAAUGAUCAAAAUGAAAAAAAAAGGACGACUGGUGCUAUUACCAUAAUUAGAGCUUAAAAUAGAGGCUCUUUGAUUUCCAUGUGACAGCAGCAAGAAAGAAUGGAGAAUUGGUUCUCUGCCCAUC